GUAAGACACUAGCAAUUACGUACCAAGAGAGCGCGGCCUAGAAAAGGAGGCUACGGGGCGCUGAAAUCACUUGCCAGCCACGUUGAGAGCUCGCUGCCGUCAGACAGAAGCUGCGAGGCAAAAAAAAACCGCGCCGCGAGGCCCUAGACUACCAAAAGAUGGAGCAGGCCCCGCCCGCACCACCGCUCGAGGCCCCGAGCGUCGAGGCCGUCGCGGCGGCGGCCCGCCAGCAGGCCCUGGACGCGACGCUCGAAAAACCUUUAGAUUUUGAGCCGCCGGCGGCCUGCGUCAUGCGCAUCGUCAAGAGCGCGAUCCCCGACAACAUCCAAGUGACCAAGGAAGCGAAGCAGGCGUUCGCCAAGGCCGCAGGCAUUUUUAUUGUCUACCUCACGACCUGCGCGAACGACAUCUGCAAGGACAAGAAGAAGCAGACGGUCACGGCGCAAGAUAUCUUGGCGGCGUGCGGCGAGCUCGAGCUCGACGACGUCAAGCCCCAGCUCGAGGAGUUCCUGGCCGCGCUGCGGGCGCACGAGAGCGGCAAGCGCAAGGCGGCUUCUGCGCCGGUCGAGGAGCCCGCGGCGCAGCGGCCGGCCGUCGAGGCGCCUCCUCCUGCUGAGGACGAGGACUCGGACGACGCGCCGCUCGAGUCGCUCGUGACCGUGACGGCGGCGCAGUAAUUGUCGAACC